GUGGCUGGAGACUCGGGGCGCGUCUGCCGUCGGCGACCCUCGGCGACCCUCGGCGACCCUCGGCGACCCUCGGCGACCCUCGGCAGACCUCGCCCGGAGCCGCCAUGCGCGAGUGUAUCUCCAUCCACGUGGGCCAGGCGGGCGUGCAGAUGGGCAACGCCUGCUGGGAGCUCUACUGCCUGGAGCACAGCAUCCAGCCCAACGGCACCAUGCCCAGUGACAAGGCGCUGGGCAGCGGCGAUGACUCCUUCAACACCUUCUUCAGCGAGACGGGGGCCGGCAAGCACGUGCCCCGGGCCAUCUUUGUGGACCUGGAGCCCGCGGUCAUAGAUGGGGUAAGAACUGGCACGUACAGGCAACUCUUCCACCCUGAGCAGCUGAUCUCUGGCAAGGAAGAUGCUGCCAACAACUACGCCCGAGGCCACUACACGGUGGGGAAGGAGAUCAUCGACCUUGUGCUGGAGCGAAUCCGAAAACUGACAGACCAGUGCACCGGGCUCCAGGGCUUCCUCAUCUUCCACAGCUUCGGGGGUGGCACCGGUUCAGGCUUCACCUCCCUGCUGAUGGAGCGGCUCUCCGUGGACUACGGCAAGAAGUCCAAGCUGGAGUUUGCCAUCUACCCCGCUCCGCAAGUGUCCACCGCGGUCGUAGAGCCCUACAACUCCAUCCUGACCACCCACACCACCCUGGAGCACUCGGACUGCGCCUUCAUGGUGGACAACGAGGCCAUCUACGACAUCUGCCGCCGCAACCUGGACAUCGAGCGCCCCACCUACACCAACCUCAACCGGCUCAUCGGCCAGAUCGUGUCCUCCAUCACCGCCUCCCUGCGCUUCGACGGCGCCCUCAACGUGGACCUCACGGAGUUCCAGACCAACCUGGUGCCCUACCCCCGCAUCCACUUCCCCCUGGUGACCUACUCCCCCAUUGUGUCAGCCGAGAAGGCCUACCACGAGCAGCUGUCGGUGGCAGAGAUCACCAACGCCUGCUUUGAACCCUCCAACCAGAUGGUCAAGUGCGACCCUCGCCACGGCAAAUACAUGGCCUGCUGCAUGCUCUACCGGGGGGAGGUGGUGCCCAAGGACGUGAACGCCGCCAUCGCCACUAUCAAGACCAAGCGCUCCAUCCAGUUUGUGGACUGGUGUCCCACGGGCUUCAAGGUUGGCAUCAACUACCAGCCGCCCACCGUGGUGCCCGGGGGCGACCUGGCCAAGGUGCAGCGGGCGGUCUGCAUGCUGAGCAACACCACCGCCAUCGCCGAGGCCUGGGCCCGCCUCGACCACAAGUUUGACCUGAUGUACGCCAAGCGGGCGUUUGUGCACUGGUACGUGGGCGAGGGCAUGGAGGAAGGAGAGUUCUUGGAGGCCCGGGAGGACCUGGCUGCCCUGGAGAAGGAUUAUGAAGAAGUGGGAACGGAGUCGGCGGACGGCGAGGACGAGAGCGAGGAGUUCUAGGGCUCCUGGCGCCUGCCCGUCGCUCGGGCUCCCUGUUCUGUUUCCCUAAGCCCCACAAAUACAGUCAGUGUCUGGGUGA